AUACCAGACGAAGAGAUUAGUUUAUGGGUUGACGAGAUGGAGGAACAAAACAGCAAACGGCAGAAAUUAAACGAAGCUGUCCACAGCAUCUCAGGUGGCCGCUACAGCCCCGUAAUGUCCAGCCUGAACACGACCUGGGACGAAGUCUCCGACACCCAGCAGCGAUAUUACAUCCGCAAAGCUAAGGAGACUAUAGUGACUUUAUUGUCUGUCAUCACUCCCGGUCAAGAGGAACUGGUUUGGAAGGCGUUACAAACGGAGGUACUUUUGGAUCCAAACAGAGACAACCAAGGAAAGUGCAAGCGUUUUGAUCCCAAUUCUGGUCUUGUCGACAUUUUAGUCAAUGCCUAUGAGCAAGCAGGUCAUUGGCAAACAAAGCGACAGAUCCUUUCCCUCUUUGCAGACGACUUUUCAAGAGCUGAGCUUCAAGAGAUGAUCCCUGGGCUUUCCAAAUGGCGCAUCGACCAAGCUCGCCAACAUGCAACAGAAGCAGGGAAAGGCCAGCCUCUCCCUGAAAUUCCUAGUUUCCGUACAAGAAUUGAGCAUGAAAAGGUGGAUCAUUUCAUUGAAUAUAUCUCCAGACCAGAAUUUGUCCAAGACGUGGCGUUCGGGACAAAGACUCUCAAGCUUGACUCGGGGGAGAAAAUUGUCAUACCAGCAGUCAUUAGGACCGUCAUUCCUUCACGCAUCAUCAGACAAUAUUUAGACUAUUGUAAAGAACAAGAGUUCGAGCCGGCGAGCCAGCGUUCUCUCUACCGAUCCGAAUGA